GCUUCCUCCUCCUCCCCCCUCUCUCUUGUCACUUCCCUCCUGCCCUUACGCAAACCCAUCUUCGAUAGUGGCGGGCAUCAGGGUUGAUUUCGUCAUCCUCAUCAACCCAAAGCCACUCGCCGGCUUCGCUGCCCUGAACCCUCAUCGCGCGAACGCAAAGUCAUAGCUCGAUUAGCUGCUCUGGCUCCUUCUUCCAUCGACACCACCAACACCCGUAUACCCGCCCGCCGCGCCUCAGCACCAACAAGCGCUCGUCAGCAGGUGAUUGAGCGCACAGAGGUGCUGCUGUUGCUUCAUUUUCAUCAUGGAUACCUACUCCAUCUCUUUUAGCCUGCCCAGGGCUACUGGCACUCAUUUUUUGCCAGAUGCUCCACCUUCGAAUGCAUUGUCUCGCCCUGCGGCAGACUCGUUCUCCGCUGACGAUUCAGCUACAACCGUCAGUGGAAGCAGUAAUACUGCCAAGGACACCCAGAGCGAUGCUCCACAGCAGCCAGUAGGGAGCAGGCUUCGUUCUCGCUUCGCACCUUCGGUCAAGUCGUUCAUUCCCAUGAGCUUCAAGAAGACUGGUGAAAAGGAGCAAGACGAAGACAAGGACUCGACACCAAUCGAGCGCUUGGCUCGCUCGUCAGCUGAGUGGCGCAAGUCUCGCCUUAAGAGCACCUCCAGUCUGCCCUUGUCAGUGCCUGAGGAAAAGACGACCGAUGAGCCCACCUCUCCCUCGUCGUCGUCCAAUCUGCGCGACAGCCGCUCGACUGCUGGCACCCGCUCCUCUCUCGACUUCUCCUCUCUCUCCAACGAUAGUACCGCUCCCAGCACUGCUCCCGGCAGCAAGAGCUGGCAGACCAAGUCGGAGACUCCCAGCAGCAACCACUCUGCCUCCAACUCCAUCACGACGCUUGGCGCCCAGCACCCGCUCACGUCCAAGGACGUAGCAGAGGCAGCUCAGCGGCUCAGCCUCGAGGUCAUGACAUCAACGCAGUGCCACGUCUCCUGCACGCCAGCUCAGGAGGACGUCUCCCCUCCUCCAUCAGCCAGCGCUCGUCAGCAGACGGGUUUCUCUCCCUACCCCUCCGCUCCCAAUUAUCCCUACUCACAUUACGCUCAAGGCUUUGGUCACGAGGCUAGCGCUGCAGGCUUCUACCCAGGAUUCGAUUCGAGCACCGCAUCCCUGCCUCAUGAUCACCAGAUGGCGGCCGGCUCAGCAGCUCACUCCUCUGCCGCGACUACGGCAACUGCAGCUGCAAAGCAGAAGAUGCCUCGCUAUAACUUCCACAUCAGUGGCACUUUUGCUCAAGUCAUGGAGGCCCGCGCAAAGGUGCUGCGUGACUCGCCCUUUCGCUCCCGUGUCACACUCAAGGUACCUCGUGCCGAAAUCAUCGACAACACGACUACCGCGAUCACUACAGAGUCCGCAAGUCAGCCGCAGGGAGAGACGCAGCAAUCUUCCUCUUCCGGUGACUCGGUCUCGCCCUCGACGUCAAAUAACGACCUCAAGCCGCACGUGCGCGUCAAGCUAGACGAGAUUGCCCAGCUCACCAGCACGCACAUCGCCAUCGUCGGCAAAGAUUCUCGUGGUGCAGAUCUAGGCUACGGGCUUGAGACGGAGCGCUGUGUGGAAGUCGUCAUCUCCGGCGAGCUUGAGGGGGUAGAGUACGCUCGCAUCAAGACGCUGGUCAUGCUCGAGGAGCUCUCCGGCUUGACGAGCAUGAUGUGCGAGAUUGACCAGAAGUUCCACAACAUCCUUGGGGGCAGAAAGAGGGCUGUGCUGCAGACAAUUCAGGAGCAGACGGGUACAAGCAUCUAUCUACCGCUGCCGCUCAGCAUCAAUCUGGGGGCCUCGCAGGAUCCCGCUGUGCUUGCGAGACUCAACACCAUCCAUAUCAGUGGUGACUACAUGGGGGUGCAGAGGGCAAGGGAGAUGGUGUUCCAGGUCUUCUUCCACAAGAGCAAGUCGACCAUCUCGCGCGACACCGCCAUCUUGCCUCGCAAGAUCGACUGGCUCCUCACGGACCAUCUAGAGGACCUUCGGCAGAUCAUGAUCGACAACGGCACCUUCAUUGGCUUGCCCGCCCUCGGUGCCCAAUCGAGUGUCGUCACUGUCUAUGGCGAUAACCGCGUUAGCAUCGAGAGGACCAUCCGUACUGUCAUGGCCCUGGCAUGCCAGUUCUAUGUUUCCUCGCUCUGGCUAUUGCCUCAAGCGUACAGCGCUAUGAACACGCCGAUGUCUCUCAACUCGCCACAGCUCACAACGAUGCUCCAGAACGUUGCCAAUCGCUCUGGCGCAGAGGUCGUCUUCAAGGGCAAUUGCUUCGAGAUUCACGGCCUCGAGACCGAAGUCAAGGGCGCCAUCAGCAUGGUCCUUGAUCUUGAUGUGAUCAAGCAAUUCAACUUCGAGGUGCGCUUCCAGAUCGAGCUUGCUACGUCGGAGCGCGAAUUCCUCCAGGGACGCAAGUGCGGCAAAGUCAACAAGAUCAUGAAGCAAUGCGGAGUGCGCAUCAAGUUCGAGACGCUGAAUGACUACAAUUUCCUCGUGGAGCUCUCCUCCAACGACCGUGCCUCUGCAUUGCAAGGUCUGGCCCUCCUGCAGGAGGAGCUCCCCGCCGAAGUCUCCUUCCACGUCCCUGAGGCCUACCAUAAGCGUUGCAUCGGCGUAGGAGGUAAGCAGAUCCAAAAGGUCAUGAAAAAGUACGGCGUCUACGUCAAGUUUUCCAAUGCAGAGGAAUUUGCUGCCCUCGGCGGAUACCUCGACAACGAGGAUAAUGUCAUCGCUCGCACGCCCGCGAAGAACGCCAUCAACCUGGAGAACUUGAAGCAGUCUGUCAUGGAGAUGGUCAAUCCCAAGGACAAGGACUACACGACGGAGACCGUCUCCAUCUCUCGGCGUUACCACCGCGCUUUGCUGGGGGAGAAGGCAAUCUUCAUCCAUGACAUCGAGAGUAAGACUUCCUCCAAAGUCUAUUUCCCACCUCGCGAGGCAGCCUCCGAUUUGGUGGCCAUCUUCGGACCUGAAUCGCAGAUUCAUAUCGCGAGCGCCAUGCUUCUCGAGCACGUCCCAUUCGAAGCCGAGUUCCGCACCCCUAACGCCGCCUCGCUCGGCCAGGUCGUAGGCUCGCAGGAGUUUGUCGCCCUCACCGAACGAGUCAAGCGGGACCUCAGCAUCCACAUUCUCGCAGGCCUAGUUCCCCCGCCUGAGAGCAGCGCCGAGGCAAUUUUCAAGCUUCGCCUCUCUCGCAGCAACCACGACUUCCUUCCCACGGCAAAGGACAUGCUCGAGGACUUCCUCACCACGCGUAACAUCAACGUCUAUGCUGCCCCUGCCCGAGCCCGUUCCGACUCGUUUGCCUCCUCCUUCCCUCACUUCGCCACCAAGCUCAUCUCGACCCCAGGUGCAGGCGCGGACCAGAGUGACGCUGCUAGCUUCCACAGUGAGCUUGCUGCGCGAUUCAACGACACGGGUCGACUCCGUGGGGCUGCCUCCUCUCCGGCCCUCAAAGCCCUCUUCGACUCUCCCGCAGCAGGCAGAGCCCCCUUUCCCACUGCCAGCGGUGGUGGUAUGCCUACCUCCGGCUCGGGCAGCAGCGGUACAAGCGGUGUCACUGCAGGCGCCGGAGCUAGCAAUUCUCCACUUGUGGGCUCCUCCCUGUACACCUCGCCCUACGCCGACGCCAUGCCUGGCGGAGUCAGUAGCGAAGUCUGGGGCACACCUCGCGGGCUAGUCAACAGCAUCACCACCCCUACGCCUCCCGCUGUCGGUUCUCAGCAACAGCAGCAGAGCCUGGGUACCCCUUCGCACUCGCCCGUCUCCUCUACCAGCGGCAUUGUCUUCCCUCCCCACCACACGGCCAGGCAAAGCGAAGAUGCUACUCUCCUACACCGCAACACGGAACCGUUCGGCAGCAUACCUGGGGGUGGCGCGGAUGAGCGCACCCGCUCUGGCCAGCUACGCAAGCCCCGCUCCUUCGCUCACCGGGCCCAGUCGCUUGACAUCUCGUCUCGCGCUGCGCAGCAAGCCGCGCUUGAGGCCUCGGCAGCCUACCACGGUGGCGGCGCUGGCAGCGGAGGCAGUGGUGUUGGGGGCUACCACCCGCAUGGGGGAUACAGCAGCGGCGGCAUCAGUCCUGGGCCGUACUACAAUGGUCCUGGUGGCCUGUACGGGCCAGCAUCAGGGGGUUAUCAUAGCCAUGUGCACACUCCCAGUGGCUACGGAGGUGCUGCGCAUCAAAGCUACCCUUUCAACCAUCACGGCGGCCAUGUGCCUUCGCCUAGCAUGCCGCGUGUGCCGCAUGCUACGCAGAGCAUGUCUUCGCAUACCGGCGGUUACCCAUACCCGCGCCAGCCUAUUGGUGGGGGAAGUGGGCCCGGGGGGCCCAGCGGUGGCGGGGGAAGCGGCGGGGGCAGCUUCUCCUCUGGCCCAGUGGAUGACAUGACGAGGAUGCUCAACGGCUUCUCGUUCCACCCGUCGUCCUGAGUCCCCACGCUACUUGACGCCAAGCGACGACUACAUUAAGUUCCAAGCAUCACAGCACGCUUCUCUUCUCCUUUCUCAUCAUCGACCCUCAUCUCCGACGUUCAGCCUCCAUUUCGCCUCGUCAAUCAAACUCUACGCAACAGACCAACCUCCAUCAACAGCAAUAUCAAGCCGCUUUCACCAACACUACCCCCUUCUCUCUCACGUUGUCUCUCCUGUUCCUACCUGUGCUCGAAAUCCAAUACAACGCAUCUAUACAUUGCCAGUAUCAAUUCGAAUGUGACUCUCAUC